GGCGGAAGUAUUCGCAUAUAAAUGCACAUCUGCCUGCGUGCAGAAGCUGCAGUUCGCAACAGAGAGUGAAACAAAGAUGAAGAAGUUCUUCGCGGUCGGUCUGCUCCUCUUCGGGCUGCUCUGCUCAGCGCUCGCUCUGCCACUCGACGUCGCAGAUGACGGCAGUGCAGGGGUGCCAGAGGUACCAAACGAUGAUGCCCUGGUGAGGUCGGUGCGCAGCCCCCACAGGUACGGCGGAUACGGCGGCUACGGAGGUGGCUACCGCCCUUACGGAGGCUACGGAGGCGGCUACGGCAGGCCGUAUGGAGGCUACGGUGGCGGCUACGGAAGGCCGUACGGAGGUGGUUUCGGAGGCAGCGGCAGCUACGCCAACGCGGGCAGUGGCUCGUUCGGCGGCGGCUUUGGAGGCAGCGCCAGCUACGCCAACGCAGGCAGUUUUAGCGGAGGAUUCUACGGCUAACGAGCUGAUUUAGCCCGGCACCCUGCCUCUGCCCGACCUUGCUACUCUCUUCGGACCUGAUUUUUAACAUUUAAGGAGUGGAUGACAUCGAGUGAGAUUUAUACGCUAGCUACAACCGCUAAUAAAUAUUACAAAAGCGCCGACUACCAAAAA